AUGGCCGUCCCAAGUCAAAGUAUCGGUCGCAAGACGACAUCGACCAAAAACCUGGGCCAUGUGCUCGUCACUGGAGGAUGCGGUGGACUGGGAACACAAAUCAUCAACCUCCUGCUCGAGCGCAAGGCAUGCACCAAGCUCUCGGCCAUGGACUUGCGACCUGCCGCCGAGCCUAUCCAAGGAUGCGAGUACCACUUUGGAGAUCUGACCAGCGAGAGCGCCAUGCGCGAGCUCUUCGUCAAGAUCAAGCCCGACAUUGUCAUCCACACUGCCAGCCCCAAGUUCAACAUGGCCAACGAGAUCUUGUACAAGGUCAACGUCGAUGGAACCAAGACUCUGCUUCGCGUGGCCUCGGAGACUGGUGUCAAGGCUUUUGUCUACACUAGCAGUGCCAGCGUCAUCAGCGACAGCGCGACCGACCUGAUCAAUGCCGAUGAGACAUANCCCCUGGUCACUGGCAAGGAACAGCCCGACUACUACACCAACACAAAGGUACAGUUCUCGAGUCUGUCUAUACUUGACGAUCCACUGACCGCUACUGCANNGGCUCUUGCCGAAAAGUCGGUCCUCGAGUACAACCGACCUGCUUCAAACCCUCGUUUCCUCACUUGCGCUCUCCGUCCCUCUGGCAUCUUUGGUGUCAACGACCAGACUCUUCUUCCUCCUCUACUUGCAGCAUACUACAAGGGUCAGACCAAGUUCCAGCUUGGCGACAACACCAACCUCUUUGACUUCACCGAGGCUACCAAUGUUGCUCAUGCACACCAUUUGGCAGCAGCUGCUCUCCUGACGACUUAUGAGCGCGAAGAGGCAGGACAGAUUGCACCCUUGAGCCACGAGAAGGUGGAUGGCGAGUCAUUCUUCAUCACAAACGACUCUCCCAUGUACUUCUGGGACUUUACCCGUACGGCAUGGAAGGAAUGUGGUGAUACAACCAUGCCCAGCCAGGUUUGGACUAUUCCCAAAGACUUUGGCUUGUUCAUCGCAACCCUGUUCGAGUACAUUUUCUGGAUCUUCCAGCUUGGAGUGCCAAACUUGACCAGGCAAAAGGUCAAGUACAGUUGCAUGACAAGGUAUUACAGCAUUGAGAAGGCCAAGAGAAGAUUGGGUUACAGACCCGUCGUGGGCGUUACCGAGGGACUCAAGAGAGGAGUGGCAGACGCCGUGAGAAGAGGAGCGAUACCUGGCAGCCCUGAAGAGGCGCAGCGCCUGAGUGCAGAGUCCAAGAAAGCUCAGUAG